ACGGUGUUGAUCUCGAUGAUGACCCAUCCUGUUCUUGGACUGCAUCAUCUCCAUCCAGUAAAGACCAGACUUCCCCCGGCCACUGCGAAGACUAUGAUUUUGGCGAGGAUGAAGGGGGCCCUGGCCUACCGUACCCGUGCCAGUUCUGCGACAAGUCCUUCAGCCGUCUGAGCUUCCUCAAGCGCCACGAGCAGAGCCACGGUGACAAGCUCCCCUUCAGUUGCACCUUCUGCAGCCGCCUGUUCAAGCACAAGCGCAGCCGCGACCGGCAUGUCAAGCUGCACACCGGCGACAAGAAAUAUCAUUGUGGCGAAUGCGACUCGGCCUUCUCACGCAGCGACCACCUCAAGAUCCAUAUGAAGACCCACGCCUCCAACAAGCCCCACAAGUGCCCUGUGUGCCGCCGGGGCUUCCUCUCCUCCAGCUCCCUCCACGGACACAUGCAGGUCCACGAGCGGGGCAAAGACAGCAGCAGCAGGGGGUCAGGCAGUGGAUUCUCCAAGGAGGAAUGGAAGCUGAAGGAGACAAGGAAAUGCAGCCGCUGCGAGGAGGGCUUUGACGUCCCUGAGGAGUUGCAGAGGCACAUCGCUGAGUGCCACCCUGAGUGCUCUCCAUCAGAGGACGGGGGCCUGGGUGGUGCCCUGCAGUGCAUCUACUGCCACGAGCCCUUCAGCGAUGAGGGCGUCCUGCUGACACACAUUGACCAGGCCCACAGCCACGACCGCAAAGGUCACUGCUGCGCCGUCUGCUCCGAGCACUUCCUCUCCGUGGAGGACCUCUAUGCCCACAUGGACAUCCACCAACUCCCUGAGUCCAGUAACCACAGCAACAGCCCUUCCCUGCUCACUGUGGGCUACACCUCCGUCUCCAGCACCACCCCGGACUCCAACCUCUCCGUCGACAGCUCCACCAUGGUGGAGGCCGCCCCGCCUGUGCCCAAGACCCGGGGGAGGAGGAAGAGGGCUGCCCAGCACACCUCACAUGACGUCGGGGGACGCUCCUCCAAGCAGCCCAAGAUCUCCUACAGCUGCAUCUACUGCAACAAGCAGGUGUUCAAUAGCCUGGCCGUACUUCAGAUACACCUGCGGACCAUGCACCUUGACAAACCUGAGCAGGCACACACCUGUCAGUUCUGCCUGGAGUUGCUGCCCUCCCUGUUCAACCUGAGCGAGCACCUAAAGCAGGUGCACAACGCCGAGGACCAUGCCGCCCUGGUGGCCAGCCUGCCUGAUUCCUUGCUCCAGUGUAACUUCUGCACUGAGGUGCUGAGCAACCUCAACGCUCUUCAAGAACACAUCCGCUGCUCCCAUAGCUUCCCCAGCCCCGUGGCCAAGGAGAGCAAUGCCUUCUUCUGUCCCCAGUGCUUUAUGGGGUUCCUGACCGAAGCCACGCUGGAGGAGCACGUCCGUCAGACCCACUGUGAGGCAGGCAGCCUGCGUUUCGACUCCCCCCUGGCGGUGACCCCCAAGGAGCCCGUCGUGGAGGUGUACUCCUGCUCCUACUGCACCAACUCACCAAUCUUCAACAGCGUUCUGAAGCUGAACAAGCACAUCAAAGAAAACCACAAGAACAUUCCGCUGGCGCUGAACUACAUCAACAAUGGGAAGAAGUCUCUGCGGACCCUCAGCCCUUCCUCACCCAUAUCGAUUGAUCAAUCUUUCCUUCAUGGUUCCUCCUCUCGUGGCAAUCGUGGCAUUAGCGAGUUCAUCUGCAACCAGUGUGGGGCCAAGUACACCAGCCUGGACCUGUUCCAGACCCACCUGAAAACUCACCUGGACGGAAUACAACCCCAGCUCACCUGCCCCCAGUGCAGCAAGGACUUCCCCAACCAGGAGUCCCUGCUUAAGCAUGUGACGGUCCACUUCACCAUCACCUCUACCUACUACAUCUGCGAGAGCUGCGACAAGCAGUUCACCUCAGUGGACGACCUGCAGAAACACCUGCUGGAAAUGCACACGUUCGUGUUCUUCCGCUGCACUCUCUGCCAGGAAGUGUUUGAUUCCAAGGUGUCCACUCAGCUCCACCUGGCCGUCAAGCACAGCAACGAGAAAAAGGUGUACCGCUGUACCUCAUGUAACUGGGACUUCAGGCACGAGGCCGACCUGCAGCUGCAUGUCAAGCACAGCCACCUGGAGAACCAGGGCCGGGCCCACCGCUGCAUCUUCUGCGGGGAGUCCUUCGGCACUGAGGUGGAGCUGCAGUGCCACAUCACCACCCACAGCAAGAAGUAUAACUGCCGCUUCUGCAGCAAAGCAUUCCAAGCCAUCGUACUUCUGGAGAAGCACCUGAGGGAGAAGCACUGUGUGUUCGAGGGAAAGGCCCAGAACUGUGGCGCCAAUGGAUCCACCACCGGAGGAGUGGACCACCACCCAGCGGCCAAGGACGACGCAGAGCUACAGGGUCUGUUGACCAACAGCCAUGGUGUAGGGGUGACAGGAUCAGGGGGCGUGUUGGAGUCCCCAAACAACCAUGAUGGGAGUGAGGAGGAAGUGGACACCGCUGACCCCUUGUUCGGGUGCGACAUCUGCGGGGCAUCGUACACAAUGGACUCCCUCCUCACCAACCACCAACUCCGAGACCACAACAUCCGCCCGGGCGAGAGCGCCAUGGCGAAGAGGAAGUCCGACCUGAUCAAGGGCACCCACAAGUGUAACGUUUGCCAACGCACCUUCUUCUCAGAGGCAGGUCUGAGGGAACACAUGCAAACCCACCUGGGUCCCGUCAAGCACUACAUGUGUCCCAUCUGCGGAGAGCGUUUCCCCUCGCUGCUCACACUGACCGAGCACAAGGUCACCCACAGCAAGAGCCUAGACACAGGCAGCUGCCGAAUCUGCAAGAUGCCCCUGCAGAGCGAGGAGGACUUCAUGGAGCACUGCCAGAUGCACCCAGACCUGAGGAACUCCCUGACGGGCUUCCGCUGUGUGGUGUGCAUGCAGACCGUCACCUCCACCCUGGAGCUCAAGAUUCACGGCACCUUCCACAUGCAGAAGACUGGCACAAUGUCCACCAACCACCCCAUCGGCCGCACCACCAAUCUGGCUUCCCACAACCACCAUCAUCACCAACAACACCACCAGGUCAACCAGAAGCUCUUCAAGUGUGCCUCGUGCCUGAAGGAGUUCCGGUCCAAAUCUGACCUGGUGAAGCUAGACAUCAACGGGCUGCCGUACGGGCUGUGUGCCGCGUGUGUCAGCGCCGCUGGCUCAAAGAGCUCUAGCCCCAAGGUAAUGAACGGAGGUAGGCAGCAGCAGGGAGGGGGAGGAGCCACGACCCCAGCCAUGCCUGCAGCAGCAUGGACCGCUCAUAUGGAGAGUCUCAGCCCCGGGGAGGGGAAAGGCAAGCUGGCCCAUUCAUCGUCAUCGUCCUCCUCCUCUAUCUCCUCAAGCGCCGCCAAGACUCGAUGUACCAGCUGCAAUGUGAAGUUUGAGUCAGAGGCGGAGCUGCAGAACCACGCCCAGACGGUGCACAGGGAACAGGCAGGGGACAGCAACAGCGGGCAGCUCAGGACCCCACAGAUCUCCCCCAUGCCCAGGGCAAGCCCCUCACAGACUGAGGAGAAGAAGACCUACCAGUGCAUCAAGUGUCAGAUGGUCUUCUACAGCGAAUGGGACAUCCAGGUCCACGUGGCCAAUCACAUGCUAGAAGAGGGCCUGAACCAUGAGUGUAAGCUCUGCAGUCAGUCGUUCGACUCGCCAGCCAAACUCCAAUGCCACCUGAUCGAGCACAGCUUCGAGGGCAUGGGCGGCACCUUCAAGUGUCCUGUCUGCUUCACAGUAUUUGUCCAGGCCAGCAAGCUCCAGCAACACAUCUUCUCAGCCCAUGGCCAGGAGGAUAAGAUAUACGACUGCUCCCCGUGCCCACAGAAGUUCUUCUUCCAGACCGAGCUACAGAACCACACGCUGACUCAGCACAGCAGCUAACCAGGCAGAUCAUCACUUGGCCUGAGGAGCAGAGGAGAACCAUACGGCGAGGAGGAGAAUCAUGUAUGACCCAGUCAGUCCUCCAACCACCGUCAGUGCAAUAGCCCACUGGCUCUUUUGCACUGAACUUUGGAUUCACUUCACAUCAGGAAGGACCAUGUCACACAAAAAGAAAAGGACAGAUGAAAGACAGAGGUGUGAAAAAAAGACAGAAAAACAUAUCUCUAAUCUUUGUCUGGUCGUCAUGUCAA